AAGCCGUGCGUAUCGGAUAGGUCGGAUAGGCUUUUGUCGUGUGGAUGUCGGAGUGGAUCUUUGUGACUGCUGAAAUCUUUAGUCCGCCUUUUGAGCACUUUUGUUUAUACUGGCGUAAAGUGGGUGAUGAGUCUUACGGCCAGUAAAGAAGCGAGAACUUGCUGUGCAGCCCGAGUAGUUCUUGCGAUUGUUAUUGUUGCUUUAAAAAAAUAUUUGUAUUACGCCACAAAUAACGCGGAUCGCGUCGAAAGUGGGGGAAAAGUGCUUCUGAAGUCGGAAUAUGGAGCUACAAGGCCUUCAAGAAGCAUUGAAAGUAGAAGUCCAAUGUCAUCAGAAGCUCGCCGUCAGAAGUUGUCCUGUGGGGACAGCCGCCAAACCCCUCGCCUUCAUCAAGCCGCCCAGCCAGAGCAUCGCCAUCUCUGUGGUGCCAGCAAAGACUCCCGUUUCCAUGGUGACGGCACACAUUAAUGGACAAAAGGCGUUGAGUUCUGAGACGCUCCAGACGUCCCCCAUCAACCUCCAAACACCCGCCGGACAGCACAUCAGCCGCUCACAGAUGUUGGGAGCCCUCACCGCGAUCCCAAUAAAGGUGCCUCACAUCAGCUCUCUGCAGUGGCUGGCAGGACACUCACCCAGUGUGCUACCUCAGGUCAGGCCAAAGACUCUCAUUCCAGACAGCCUUCCCCACAGCCCAUGCCGAGAGCAGCAGUCCGGUCAAACGCUGGCCGUGCUGCAGGGCAUGGCUGUGGUCAGCCCAAAGAGCCAAGGCGCAUCUUUGCCAACUGCCAACAGCACCUUCAGUCACAAGAGACUGUCCAACGGGCAGGAAGAGAGUUCCUCUUUGCCCUCGUCUGCGCCGAGCACGUCCACAGCCUCCGCAAGUCCAGGGGUGGCUUACGCCAUCAUCUCAGCAGCCUCGCCUGCAGCCCAUGGGGUGUCAGGUGUAACCGAGGCCAUUAAGGUGCAACCGCUGAUUUUCAGCCCUGACAGCAAGGUUAUAAUCAUUCAGCCCCAGAUUCCCAGCAACUCCAAGAGUUCUCCGGCCUCACAAACUAACAGUCCUGUGAAGGAGCCAAGCCCUGACCCUUCAAACCCAGCCAAAAAGGAGGAGGAUCCAGAGAAAAUUGCCUUCAUGGCCGCACUAGGCCUGGUCACUACAGAACACUUGGAAGAGAUCCAGAGUAAACGGCAGGAGAGAAAAAGGCGAAGCACAGCUAACCCUGCAUACAGCGGACUGUUUGAACCAGAGCGCAAAAGACUUGCCUCCAAUUACCUGAACAGUGCGAUGUUUCUGUCGGCGAGAGACUCUGAGGAGCUCUGCUGGAAGGAGGAGCUGCAGCAUGAUGAUCACUGUGCAGUGUGUAAACAGGAAGGAGAUCUUCAGCCGUGCCACACUUGUUCCCGCGCCUACCACCCCGACUGCCUGCAUCCACCUCUCAAAACUGCCACCAGGGGCAUAUGGAUGUGCCCCAAGUGCCAGAAGAAAGUUUUGAACAAAGAGAACUUGUCUUGGCCACAGAACUUCAUCCAGUCGUAUGUUACACAUAAAACAGUGAGAGAGGAGGAACGCAGGAAGCUAAUGAGGAGAAACACUGAGCUGAAUCUUGAGUGUGAACAUCUGAGUGAAGAGGACAAGAGACUCUGCGAUUCUCUCUCGAAAUGCAUUGAGCUGAAGGAGCGUCUUUUGGGUCAGCAGCGGGAGACUCAGACGUCCCUUGAGCGUCUCAAGACUCUGAUCCGACUCAUCCAGCGUGACCAGAUGAUCCAAGUAACUAUGACGGCCACCACGACCACCGGGGCAUCGCUGCUCUCGCUGCCGUGGAUCAAAGCCACGGGCAGCAGCACCAGCACCACGGCGCCCACAGCUGGCUCCUCCGCAGUACUGCACAAAACCACGCUUCAGCCGCAAGGCAACAACUGACCCCGGACCCACACAAACACGCAGAACAGCUCUCUCUACAAGACCACCAAAUGUCUUUGUAAAGAGACACGGACGGUGAUAUCCAACCAACGUGCAUUUUCUUCUGGUAAUGUCUUACCAUAAAAUAAUGGAAAAUUUUGAGAGAAAAAAAAAAGUUCAAAAGAAAUUAUGAGCGUCACUCAAUUCAUAAGUAUUUUUAAAGCCAACACACAGUGCUCACAAGAUUUUUUUUUAUUCACUGUUUUUUAAUGUAUUAUUUUUCUUGGCCUUAAUGUAUUUAUUACUAGAUUACGAUGCUGUUGCAAAUAUAUGAAAUAAGUAUUCUACAUAGUUAGAAACAUUUCUUUUUAUGCUUUGCGUUUUUUACUGGGGUUUGGUGUGUGCGCGUAUCGGGGGGGAAUAAUCGUUCGCAUUUAGUUAUUGAGAAGGUUAGCGUAGUUAUGAAGACAAGCGACAUAUGAAAUGGAGAGCACUGUACAUUGAUAUAUCGGAAUAAACGUUUGUUUUCUGUUUUUGAUGAACAAUGUUUGCCAUAAUAAUUCAGGUUAAAGCGAGACAGGGAAAUGUUUUCGUUUUGUUCAUUUUGUGUGUACCUGCGAGCAUACAAACAUAAAAAAAAAAAACAACAACAUGAAAUAAUUUUUCAGUAUUAAUAGAGAGAAAAGAACAAAGUAUUUAAGAUAACAACAUAAUUUAGCCUUUUUAGUGAAGAAUUUAGUAUUUUCAUGCUGAUGCCUGUUAAUGAUUUCAAAUAAGUAUUGGAGAGAGGGAUCUUUGUACAUAUAUGAUUUUUAUUUUAUUUCGGCUGUCCCAACAACACAAACGAAAAGGCCAUUUGAGUUCUUUGAGUGCCUGAUCCCAGAAUCCAAAAACUUAUGUUUUGUCUCCCCACUAUAUAAAAUAUGCCAAAAACCCUUGAGUGUUUUUGUACCGUUAACUGUUUAAUGUUUUCAUCUCAUCUUGCUCUCUUGUCCGUUUUUAGUUUUCUCUGAAGUGUUUUAUGUUUUUACUUUCUUUUUUCACAUCACUCCAGGAUUAUCACAAGUUGCAUUAUUAUUAUUAUUCUUUUUUAUUCAGAUUUUUUAAAUGUUAGAAAUGAACACUGCCUGAUGAAUAAGAGUAAAGAAUUCAUAUCUAAAAAAGUCAAUGGAGAAAAAUAGGAAAUGAUUUGAAUGGUACUUCUUUGGAGGGAAAGUUUAGCAUGUUCAUUUGAAUGGUUUGUCUUCCUGUGUGGUUUGGUUCGAAAAACAAACGCCACAUCCCUGAUGGAGUUACUACAAAAUGCAAAAGGAAUAACAAGUCGCACACGGUUAACGACAGCACUAUCGUUCUCAACAAAGGAUAUUUCAUUAAAAAACAAACAUUAGUUUUAGUUUUGAUUUAGUGUUAAAUAAGAAAUACCAUCAUUAUAUAUGUAUACCUUUAAGG